AUGUCGGUCGAAACUGACAGUCCCGUGCCUUCCAUAACCCUUUCCAUUACUCAAGAUGAUGUCAAACGAGUAUUGGACGCGAGCAGCGCUAUGGAAACAACCUUGGACAUCAUGCAAAAGAGACACACAGAUCCUUCAGCGACAAAGCUAGCCAAAAAGUCUUCGGACUGCAAUCAAACUUUAAUCGGCGAUGCGGAGUCCACCAUGGAUGGGAGUUCCAAGUCUUGCUCUCGAUCAGUAGCAAGACCGUUGCACGAAGUUGUACUGGAUGCAGCUCAUCAAUGCGAGAACUCAACACUGCGCUCGUUCCUUAAUAAGAUGAAGUCGUCUGGUUCGUCUCCAAAGGAGAUUCACGUUGGUGUACUUGUGUUUUGUGAUAUGGAUUUCAGAUGCAAGAUGAGGCUUAUUUUUGAUAUAUUAGGGUCAAACGCUUCAUUAGGCAGUGGGAAGGAGCAUGUGGAAAAAGCUCUGGAUCGAGAGGGGGUGAAAUCCCUAUUCCGUUCGGUGAUUGUAGCGAUCUCAUCAUGUAUCUACCGAGGUCCAAGUGUAGAGAUUGAAAUGGAAGAGGAUACUUGUAUUGAUGGUCCACUGAGAAAAAAGAUGAAGCAGUCCGAUAGUUCUUCUCCUAGGUCUGGCGACUCGAUUCCAGAACUCAAAUCUCCUUCUUCGUCUUUUGAUUCAUCGAUAGCCCUGAAAGAAAGUGAACAAAUCGGAAUUUCCACUGUACGCAAGGAAUUCGAAGAAAUUGCGGCAUACGCUACAGAUUGCUUGGUAAAAUACUGUCAGCGGAAGAGCCCGAUACAGAAUAUUUCAUUUGCUGUCUCUUUCGAGACGUUUUGUACAUGGAAAGAUACUGAAGGUGGGAGAAUUUCACCGUGGCUUGACCUCUUGAACCUCUCCAAAUGGAAGACUCCAACAAGGCCCGCUAUGGUAACAAAAGAACGCGAAGUGCUAUCGAGAAAUGUACUUGAGCGUGGAACUGUAAUCGCUGAUUCUGCUUAUGCAUCUGAACAAAGGCAUGCUACAUCCGGAUCUCAGAAGACGAGUCCUAAGAAGAACGAGCAUCAUCCAUUGCCUACUUCUACAAAGAAACCAGAUGCGUUUAGGGUGCCAUGCCCAACAGUUUUCGGCAAACCCUCACACAGUAGAACAGUAGUCUCGUUUGACUUCACUGGUGCAUCCCAAAUUGCAGGGGAAAACUCCGAUUUUCAUAUCAAUAUCUCCGAAGGAAACCUACUGACUCUGCGUAACUUGGUCCGGGCUACUGGAUUGGCAACUCGGCAUCCAAACGAAAUUGCAAAAAUUUUGCUUUCUGCUUCAAAAAGUUGCACUCAUGACGGCGUGAAGCUCAGAGUAAUUCCAAUCGAGCGAUUCCACACAUGCUUGCACCAGCUGUUGGGGUCGACUGCCUCACGAAGACUAAGUAAGGUGGACCGAGAUGUCUUCUCGUCAUCGUUUGUCGACUUUUUCAGCUGCUUCAACACAUGCGCAAAACCGCUUGCACCAGGGGAAGCAAAUGCAUGCGAGCUUGCUGUUGGGUUUUGUUUUCUAUGCGAUGGCAACAAGAGCUCAAAACUUGCUUCAGGCUUCGAUCUGCUCGAAAAUGGAAAGGCUGAAGGAUUAAGCACUGCCCAGUUAGCGCAGUUCCUGCGCUCUUAUCUCACAAUGUUAGUUGGUAUUUCCCUCUUGACAUCAUCUUCAGAUGGAGUUAUGAAACCAAAGCAAAACAGUGCAAAAAGAAAGGCGAUGCACGCUGCGGUCGAAAAUGGAGCAAAGUGGACACUUGCGCAUUAUCUCAAGCACGUGGAAAGGACUGGUCAUCGACCUGACAGAGUCAUGCAUACAUUUGAUGGCUUCGCGGAUUGGUACACCUCCGGUGGAUACAAUGUUGCACCUUGGCUCGAGUUGUUAGACUUGAAAAAACUGCUCUCGCUGAUCGGUGACUCUUCGGAUUGUCCCUCGGCACCAUCGCUAGCUAUGCACGACCCUUUGGGAGUCCCAUCACUCCCUGCAUCUGGUAAUGCAACCCCACAGUACAUAUCCCCCCGUCGAUCGCGCAUACUUCCGCCAUCGAAUCUAUAUGCGAGUCCCAAAAAUUCUGGACCUCAAACAGAAGUAUUGUUCACAUUUCCACUUGCCAACCAGCGCUCGCUUGUGGUUUUAAGGGAAGACGCGACUUACGUCAAUGACGUCGUCAACAAGUUGGGACUUUUGUCUUGCUCGCCAGAUGAUGUUUGGUCCUCGCUAUUCAACGUCGCAAGAAACGAAGCAUCAAAUUCAAGGAAACGGGGGAAAAAUAUGACGGUGAACAGGAGCGCAUUCACUCGAUACAUGGAAGAAACAAUUGCUUUCAGAACAUCCCAGAAAAAGAGAGGAGCAAGCGGAACUGCCAAGUCAGUAUCCAAUUGUAGAGAAGUGGUGAGGAAUUUAUUCCACAGCUUUGACCUCCAUCAAAUGGAUAAUGUUCCAUUGAAUGAACUCAUGGGAGGGUUGACUCUUUUGUGCGGUGGCAAGAAAAGCACAAAGCUGGCAUUCGCGUUCGGAGUGUUCGAUCAACGAUGCAAUGAAACAAAACGGGCGAAGAAUUCAGUGGCUAAUGCGAACUCUCUGAAUGGGGCAGAAUUAUUUCUCUUUCUACGAUCUUUUCUAAUUGUCAUGUUUUCCUGCUGCCGACAAAGCUUGGAUCUGAGCGACGAUUCUGUAAAUAGAUAUAUUGCUGAUACAGCAAAUAUGGUCACUGAUGAUGUCAUCAGGUACCAGUGGAAAACAAAAAAGAAAGAUCGCGUAGACUUUGAUGAAUUUGGCCUUUGGUACAAUGAAGGAGGCUACGAGAGUGCUCCGUGGCUUGAACUUCUUGACUUACAGAAGUGGGUGCUUACGGAAGAAAUGGAGGCCCUCCCACUGAUUCAAACGUCAGCUCAAGAAACCUCCGGUUUUGGUUUUGGUACUAUGCUCAAUGAGGAGUUGGAUUGCCCACCACCUCCACCUGAUGAUGCUGUGGACUCGUCUUUUUUCGACGACGAUGACAAUGCUAUUAUGCCAAUGGAAAGCAUUGAUGAAAUGGAUCUUAUGCUCAUGGAACCUACUGACAAAGAAAACGAUGCUGUUUUGAACAAGAUAUCUCGAUCAUUUUCAUACUCCCCCAGACCCCAACAAGAACAACAAAUCGGUGUUUCCAAGACUUCUUCUUUGAAAUUCCACUUGAUUGUCGAAGGUCAAAACGCUGGGUAUGUAGUCGCAGUGAGUCAAAAACGAAUUCGCCAUAUACGGCAUAUACUUGAAGACAGUGGAUUGUGCAAGCUUGAGGGUGAAGUCGUGAGCAAAGAAAUUCUCAAGCAGGCACUCGUGGGCAAGGGUGCAAGUCAAGUCGCAAUGAUUACAAAGGAAGGCUUUCUCUUGGCUAUGCGCAAUUUGAUCUUGGCGAAGGCAAAGAGUGCUGAUGCGGAGAAGACUGUUUUAGAUGUCCUUUCCAGAUUGUAUGCUGGGUUUGAUUAUUCCGAAAGAGGUCAAGUAGAUGCCACAGAGAUAGCCUGUGGGAUUACUAUCUUGUGUAAAGGCAAGAAAAGUGACAAGCUAGAGUUUGCUUUUGAGAUGUUGGGUAGAGACAAAGGGGGAAGAUUGUCGCGGCAUGAUUCCGCAAGAUAUUUGAGAUCUUUUUUGACAGUUUUGUUAAAUCUUGUUUCAAUUGAUACGCUCGAUGGUGAUAUCAACCAAGAUGUGAUGACAACAAGUGAUGGGUCGCAGUACGACAGAGGCUCUGCAGCCUUAGCCCGUGUGGUGGAAGGUGGGUCAAUGUGGGCUGCCAAUCAAACUUUCCAAAAACAGGAUCAAGGUCAGCAUCAGAUCUGUUUCGACGAGUUUGCAGAAUGGUAUACUCAGGUGGGAUAUAGCAAUAUUCCGUGGCUUGAGUUAUUGGAUUUACAGAAGUGGAUCAUUGUCGAUCGUUGA